AUGACAUCAUUAUUGUCGAUGCCGGGAGCGCAGCCGCUAUGUGUACGGGGCUCGGAGUCUAUUCUCUUGAAGGUGCAAGGUCAGUUUCGGCGCAUUGUACGCCCUCCUUCACUUCUCCGUGGGCUGCGCCGGGCCAGUGGUACGGAGGCGUUGGCUCCGCCUCAGCCUAUGCCGCCAGUGCCGCCAUGGCCCGCAUCGAACGUACGCUCCAAGAAGAUCAAGCAGCAGAAGCCGCAGUGCAAGAAAUACGGCGGGAAGAAACUCAUCGCGAAGGGCCGGCAUCGGGACAAGAAGAAGCAGAAGUACCAGCAGAAGGGGAAGCCCGUCAGGAAGAGGCGCAAGCGCGCGUCCGGGAUGAAGGGAAGCUUGACGACUGUGGUGGCCGAGAGGCCGCCUGCGCCACCGCCUCCCGGAAUGUUCGUGACGCCGAGCGUGACCUCCAGGGACCCCUACUCGAAGGUUUUGGCGGAGGCUGUGAAGCCGCGUGUGCCGCCGCCGCCGGUGCCGACGAGGAUCAAGGUGGUGAUGAUGCCACCGCCGCCGCCGCCGCCUCGGCUGCCGACACCUCCUCCGCGCAGGAGCUGA